AUGGAGCGUUCGACCAUGGAGGUCAUCUCAGAGCGUCUUUCAGGCGUGGAGGAUCUCUAUUUCCCCCGCUCGACGUUCUCCUCCGGCGAGGCUCCUUCCGACUCCUCCGUCCGCAAGAAGGCACUCCUCGAUCUCCUCUCCCGCGACGCGCCGCUCUUCCUCGGUAAGAAGCUUCUCGGGGGACAAAGCUCCCCUUCUUCCCCCUCGCUGUAAGCUUUUGCUUAGGAAUUCUCAUCUCCGAUCACCCUCCUCACUGUAGAACGCUAUGGCGGAGAGCUCACGGUGGAGGAGCUCUCGGAGUUCGACGCUCUCAAGCAGGACUACGAGGUGAGUUGGCACUUGAACCGCAUCCGGAUCUCGAGGAGCCCCACGGCGGAGGAGACGCGGUUGCGGUCCGCGGCGGUGAAGAAUCGGCGGCGGGCGUACCUCGAGCAACUCAUCCGGGGUGGGGUGUAUUUCUCGGAGGAGGCGAUGAGGGAGAGGGAACCCUACCUGCACCACGAGUACGUCGGGAGGUUCCAGGAUCCGAGUGGGAGGGGGAUGUCGCGGCCGGGGGAGCGGUGGUCGGAGACGCUAAUGCGGCGAUCUGAAGAAGCGAUUAUAGUGGCGAAAAUCAGGACAGAGCAACAGAGGCUGGGUGUCGCCAGGAAGGAUUGGAUUGGGAACGAGGAGUAUCAGGAGGAAGAGGUUGAAGAGGAGGAAGAGGAAGAAGAAGAAGAUGAGGAGGAGGAAGAAGAAGAAGAAGAGGAGCAGCAGGAAGAAGAGAAGAAGAAGGAAGAAGAGAAAAUAGAAGAUGAAGAAGGGGGUGUGACGAGGGAAGAAAGGGACGGACAAUCUGAGGUAUGCACUUUCUCGUUAUUUAAUAUUCUAUCGUAUAAUAAGAUAUGGUGAAUGACAUCUUUUUCUGAAUGCUCUUCACGGAAUUCCUAUUAUUUGAUGCAAAUUUUUUAUGUUAUGCUACCUUUUUGUGUUUUUUCCUGCUUUCUCUUCUCAAAUCUAGUGUCCGCCUUGUUCAACAUCGAUACCCCAGUGAGGAACCGAUUGGAGUUUCACACUACUCAACACAAUUUCAUCAGACUUGGUUGGAUCUCCUCAAUAGAGGAAGGAAUGCAAGAUUUCUUAGAUGCUAACCUAUCUCCAUACUUUCCAAAUCCUAGAGAGAUGGGAGCUCAUUUGUUAAUUUAUGGUUUAUAGCAUUGCAAGUUCCUCAUCAUUGUUUUAGCUUCCCUUUAAUCAUUCUUAUGAUUUCCUUCAAAUCGGAGGUUGUGGAUCAGAUAUUUUAUCAACUUUGUAAUCUUCAGUAGACAAGAUUUGCAAACCUUUCGAGAUCAAAUCCUAGAGAGAUCGGAGCUCAUUUGUUAACUUAUGGUUCAUAGCAUUGCAGGUUCCUCACCAUUGUUAAAGCUUCCUUUUAAUCGUUCUUAUGAUUUCCUUGAGAUUGGAGGUUGUGGAUCAGAUAUUAGCGGCCAUAUAUUUUAUCAACUUUGUAAUCAUCAAUAGACAAGAUUAGUAAGCCUUAAUAGAUAAAAAAUAAUAGGGAUUGGGUUGGCUCCUGGCUCCCUAUUUGGACCAGAAAUUGAGUGUUCACUAUAAAAACGCUGAGGAAAAAGUGAAGAACUGAAGAGAAGAAGAAAGGGAAAAAUUAGAUAAUGGAGAAGAGGGAAAGAGAAGAAAGAAUGUGGGAAUAAGAUUGGGGAACUCUGAAGGAGGAAGAAGGAGAAGAACUGUAAAACCCAUAUCUUCUACCGGCAUUGAUCCCCAUUUGCAGAUUGAAGAGGAAAUUGUGGGAGAUUCAGCUUACACCAGACAAAGAAAGGAAAAGGGAAGCAGCAUCAGCAGCAGCAGAGUGGUGUCUGUCUAGGCGCCCUCCUCCCUCACUCUCCUCCCAUCUUCUUCCUCUACUCCAGCCAUCUAAAAUAAACAAAGUUAUAAAUUAGCAACCUUUUAUACUCAUCCAUCAUUGAAUGAGGGAUUGCCAGUUCUCUCUCUCUCUCUCUCUCUCUCUCUCUCAAGACCUAUUUGUUGAAUUGUGUCCAGAUGAAUGCCAGUGAUGAUGGGGUGAAGAUCGCCGAGCUGCCGGGCGCCUGCCGAGCCGUGUCCACUGUGGAGCUGAGGGAUCAGCUGGAACAGUUCACCCACAUCAUGCACCAAAAGUUCUUAGCGGGAGAAGACUCCGAGUACCUGGACUACUCGAGCAUCGACAACAACGAGCGGCUGGAUGACCACUGGCUCAAGGAGUCCAACCAGGACGCCGAGGAGAGGUACUUUGCCGAAGAUUGA